AUGGUAACUCCACCUGCUACUGUUGUAAACCCAGUCGCAAUAAUUAUGCAACAAAAUUUUGAUUUUUUUAAUGAUAAUGACCCUGAUAAUAAUCUAAAUUACGAUCAUGAAUUUAUUUAUCAAUAUCAUACAAUAAAUUAUUAUGUCAGGUGUAAAUUGUUACCUCAUUCAAUAAUCGAAGAUUUAUUGAAUAAUGAGGAAUUUGAUAUAAAUACACGAAACAACGAGGCGACAUUAUCACCACAUCAAAAAUUAAGUCUUGAAGAAAGCUUGUUUGUAAAACUUUAUUUACGCGUUUCAAAAGGAAUGGAUGAGAUUGUAAUUUAA